UGUGUGUGUGUGUGUGUGGUGAAGGUUGGAGUGUUCAACAGUUCAUUUCCUCCUACAACGCCAGUCUCCCGCCAGAGGUUGGCGAAAGAGGAAGUGAGGGUGACGGAACGUCUAUCGUACUUCAGCCACAAACAAGAGAAACGAACCUAUACUUUCUUGAGCACAACACGAUGGGCCUGGAGGUGUGGCUGCUGACAGCAACAGUGGUGGUGCUGGCUGUGGUGUACUUGAGGCGGCGACGAACCUACUGGUCCUCAAGAGCUGUGUCCUCCCCGCCCGCCGCGGCCAUCAUAGGCCACUUCCAUAAGGGAAUGUUUGUCAACAAAAGAUAUUGGGAAUUCAUAGAUGAGAAUUAUAACAAGUUUUACAAUUCUUCGAUGUUUGGCCUUUAUGAGUUCAAUACACCUGUUUUGCUUACAUGGGACACCGAGAUCAUUAAGAGUGUUCUCGUUAAGGAUUUUGACCAUUUCAUCGACCGAAGAGACUUCAAUAUGAGGACUGGCCAAAAGAGAGAUGAAAUGAUGUCAGAGAUGUUGUCUGUUAAAAAAGGUGCCGAGUGGAAGAGUCUGCGAGCCAUCAUGACGCCUACUUUCACUUCAGGCAAGAUCAAAAGCAUGUUUCCUUUGGUGUGCGACAAGGCCGAUGCUCUCAUCGAGUUUUCCAAGAAAGAAGCGGCAAGCGGCUCCUAUGUAGACAUGAAGAAAAACUUUGGGGCAUACACUUUAGACACAAUUGCUUCCUGUGCCUUUGGCAUCGAGUGUAACUCUCUGGUAGAUAGUGAUAAUGAAUUCACAAGGAAUAUGGAAGCAUUCUUUAAAGUAAGCCUUCUCCCACUGUUUAAAGGCAUAUUUUUCUACUUGAUGCCAAGACUCUUCAAGUUAUUUGGCUUAACUUUAAAUUCUCCGAAUGUGGACUUUUUCAUCGAUGUUGUAGAGCAGACCAUAGCAUCCAGAAAGGCGGGAAUGAAGCGUGGAGACUUUCUGGACCUACUAUUGGAGGCAAGAGACCAAUCUGACAACCCCAACAGUAAACACGUCUUGACUGACCUCUCUAUGGUGUCCCAAAGUGUGCUUUUCAUCAUUGCUGGAUAUGACACCACUGCCUCCUUGCUGGCCAAUUCUUCCUUCCUGCUAGCUAAGAACAAGGACCAGCAGCGACGCCUCCGAGACGAGUUGCGCCAGAUGGUUGCAGAGCACGGCAAAAUCACCUACCAGGGAAUCAUGGAGGCCAAAUUUCUUGACGCUUGUCUUCAAGAAUCACUCCGUCUAUAUCCUUCAGGUGCAGUGAUAGAGCGUCUCUGCACCAAAAGUUAUAAGUUACCCGGCACUAAUCUGACUAUUAAGCCAGGAGACUUGGUGGGGGUGCCCUUCUGGAGUAUUCAACACGACCCCAACAACUGGCCCAACCCUAAGGCGUUCAUUCCAGACCGCUUCCUGCCUGAGAACAAGGGUGACAUCAAACCCUUCACUCACAUGCCCUUUGGAAUUGGUCCUAGAAACUGCAUAGCCAUGCGAUUUGCCCUGAUGGAGGCCAAGAUAGCCCUGUCCAAGCUGGUGCUGGAGAUGGAGAUGGAGUGCGCACCAGGCCAUGAGGAAUUAGUUCUAGAGUCAGUGAGUGGGUUGAUGCGCCCCAAGGAAGUAAUGCUGCUGCUGAAGCCAGUCAAGGAAGAAUGAAAUGAAAUGUGUCAUUAAAGUACUGCUCGGCUGAAAUAGAGACGUUACUCACCAAAAUGUAUGCAGUCUUUGGCGCCUGGCCAGAAUGAAGAAGAUAACUAGUUUUACAAAUUCUCAUGGACCACUCGACAUGCCACUUUGCUAUAAACCACUACCUUCCUCUUGGUGCUAUGUCACUCUUACAACAUUCCGGAGUGCCACUUUUCUUCUGGCACUAUUGCAGGUCACCACUCUUGUAAAUGUUUUUCCUUUUAGCUCAGGCACUGUUUUGUAUUACUGAUUUCCAUUUUAUUUUUCUUCAUUGUCAGUUAAGUGAUUCGAGUCAAACGCCUCCCCUUCCUACCUUUCCUUUAUCUUCGACACCUGUACUGCCCUUUCCCAAGAUCUAUAUUUGCUACUUCUCAUUGUUUCUUGUUCUCUUCCUCACCC